AUGAGGGAUGGCAGUGGAGGACACCAUCGCGCCGUAGGAAAUGCAACUGCAAGACCAUGGGUGAGAGGUAUUGUUGGUGCAGCCACUAUAUACAUGGCAUCACCACAAUGGGACGAUUAUGAAUUCUAUCUAGAUGGGGGGUUGAAGAUUGAACAUACGACAUUUAUGAUGAUCCUCCAAAUUUUUACGAAGAACCGCCAUCAAAUUCAUGAGGAUUUCGAGAAUGCAUGGUUCACCAAGGAGAUGGAGUUGGUUGUGAUUUCUUCUCAACUUCUUCAUCACCAAAAUUGGAAGAUGGCAUCACUACAAGGAAGUUUGACUAAAUUCAAGAAACAGCAAGAGAAGUGCCAAUCAACUCUUACUAGUAUUGCAGCUAAAUCAGGAUCUUUAAAAUCCACACCCUCAAGCACGUCAUCUUCAGCGAAUGCAAAGUCUCCAGCUCCUGUUAAAUUCUCAAAUGAUACAGAACGGCUUCAACAUAUAAACAGCAUUAGGAAAGCUCCUGUCGGGGCUCAAAUCAAACGCGUUAUUCAUUUACUUUUUGAGACGAGGCAAGCCUUGACGCCCGAGCAAAUAAAUGAGGCAUGCUAUGUGGAUACAAAUGCUAACAAAGCUGUCUUUGACAGUUUAAGAAACAAUCCAAAAGUGAGCUAUGACGGGAAGCGAUUCUCUUACAAGUCUAAACAUGAUUUGAAAGAUAAGAACCAGCUUCUUGUCUUGAUACGAAAAUUUCCUGAGGGUAUUGCUGUUAUUGAUCUCAAGGAUUCAUAUUCCAAUGUCAUGGAAGAUUUACAGUCUUUGAAAGCUUCUGGCCAAAUUUGGCUGCUAUCGAACUUUGACUCACAGGAGGAUAUAGCAUAUCCCAAUGAUCCCCGAGCAGUUAUUAAAGUUGAUGAUGAUCUGAAACAAUUAUUCCGGGGGAUUGAACUCCCACGUGAUAUGAUUGACAUUGAAAAAGAUCUUCAAAAAAAUGGAAUGAAGCCGGCUACAAACACGGCCAAGAGGAGGGCCAAGGCACAGGUCCAUGGCAUUACGCCCAAGCCCAAGACGAAGAAGAAGAAGCACGAAAUCAGCAAAAGGACCAAACUUACCAAUGCCCAUCUUCCGGAACUCUUCAAGCACCUCAACGUCCCUGGCUCUUGA